AUUAUACUGAUCGCAGAGGCCCACUGCAUCCACACGUGAGCACUGAUUCCUUACAGCCAUGGUCGAUCCCAGAAUCAAGCCUGUAGUAAUCAAGGCGGGUGUGGUCACCAGCAGUGAGACCAGCAACAAGGUGUAAGUAUGGCAUCCGCGGAGAAGGCUUUGCCGUAUCGUGUGACCUGGGCGCCAAACGAAGCCUUGCUGAAACUUAUGGAAAGAACAGGAUACACCAUACGGCAUAAAAAAGGGCAAAGAAAGUACGGCGGUCCACCUCCCGACUGGGAAAGCCCGCCUCCUUUAAAGGGUUGCGAACUUUACAUCGGAGGUAUUCCAAGAGACUGUUAUGAAGACGAGCUUGUUCCAGUAUUUGAGAAGAUAGGGAAGAUUUAUGAACUGAAACUCAUAAUGAGCUACCUCUCUGGAUCCCAUAGAGGAUAUGGAUUUGUUAUAUACACUAACGAAGAACACGCGAAUCAAGCGGUAAAGGAGCUUAACAACUACGAAAUUCGUAAAGGCCAGCUCUUGGGUGUUUGCAAAUCUGCCAGGAGAGUUUUGCACGUGGGGAACCUUACGUCGAGAAUUACAGAAGACAAAAUUAGAGAGCUGUGCAGUCAAGUUGUGGGAAGAGACAAUGUUGUGGAAAGAGUAAAGAAGAUAAGAGGUUUUGCAUUCAUUCAUUUUAGAGACAGAGAUGAUGCUAUUAUGGCCAUGACUAAACUUAAUGGAAUGAAUGUUGAAGGCACUUGCAUUGAGGUUGUAUGGGCAAAAGGAAGAAAUCAGGCUAAUCAGGACUGUCACUUGGAUGAGGUUGAUAGAGCAUACAACAGAGGCCAGGAAGCAUUGGAAUCUUGGAAGCAGAGAGUAUCAUAUGUCAGGGGCUAUGGCUAUGAUUUUGAUCCUAGUUACUCUCCACCAUCGUUUUACAACCCGAUGUCUCCACCACCCGCAAGCAGGGGGUUGGCAGAGCAAGGUCCCAUGGGCAUCAGAAGCCCUGUGGGAGGCCAAGGGAUGAUGAGUGGGUGGGGCUUUAGGAAACAUCCAGCAGAGGUGCUCGAUGACCUUUGCCAGAAGAAUGGAUGGGGAAGUCCUGUAUACGAGCUUCAGCCUCCCAUGGUAAGGGAUGGAAGUGGUGCCCAACAGCUCUUUUUGUACAAGGUACUACCAUAGGUUUCAACAAAAUGUUGAUAAGAAACUUGUUUGAAGAGAUAAGAAUCAAGUUUUUUUGCUGGAAUGUAACUUUUUUUAUACAAUUAAUC